AUGUGUCUUCGACUGUUAGGACAGGCUCCUACUGAUCUUGGCGGCGGCGUCAUCCGGAUUACUUGGCUCAGGGAGACUUUCGAUGAGCUACCGCUUUCUGCAUCACCAGAGACGACAGAGCAGUAUGCUAGAGCGUAUGCGCUGUCUCUGAUGGGAGGUGUCUUGUUCUCCGAUCGAUCUGGAGGUUCAGUUCACCUGCAGUAUCUACUUUUGGUAGAGGAUUGGCGCAGAGCGGGGAGGUUUGCUUGGGGAGCAGCUGUGCUAUCCUACUUGUACCGUGAGAUGGGUAGAUCGGCGCUGCAGAUGACGGCAUCUUCUUCACUGGGUGGUGACUUUGGUGGAUGGGCCGCCUUGCUGAUGAUCUGGACGUGGGAGCGGUUUCCUCAUACAUCACCACUACAUGCGGUGACGGGUGCGCAGAUUACUCAGGACGCAGUGCCACCUGGCAUUCGGUGGCUUCCGGCCCAGACCCGUCAGCAUGGAGAUCAGUUCUACUUGUACAAGCUGUGGUUUGACGAGUGCACGACAUUCGUGGUUAGUAUAUAA